AUGUUAGCCCUGAAAAAGGAGACUUCAGUGAACAGGCGGGACAUUGAGUCGUACAAAACAGGACCGCGCAAUACCGAAAGCAAACUCGAACCGCGAGGAUAUCGAGUGAGCCGUGAGAUGGAACUGAAAUACGCAGAGGAUCCUUUGGAGCUGGCGAAGUUUGUUUCGGAUCGGUUGAGCAAGGGGCAUGAGAAGGAAAUGCUGGACUUGGUUAGGCUAGCCAGCAAGAAAGGCAUAAGCUGUGUCGUGAGCUGGAAUCACUUGAUAAACCACGAGUUCCUCAAAGGUCGUCUAAACAAUGCAUACAAGAUCUAUAAUGAAAUGAAGAAGCGCGGGCAAUCUCCCGAUGCUUUCACGUACACCAUCCUCCUCCGCGGCUAUGCAGAACAUGCCCAUGUGCGCAACGUCCUAGGACAAGCAUUGUCCAUAUACCACUCCAUGUCAGCGCCCAAUUCGAAGGUCCCUCCAUCUGUCAUACACACCAACGCAGCCCUCAAGGUCUGUGUCCGCGCGAACAAUUCGGAUGCUGUGUGGAGCAUUGCAGCCAAAAUCCCAGACGGAGGACCCAACGCCGCUAACGCUCUCACCUUUACCACGAUCUUGAACUUCCUACGACAAAACGCCCUUAUCAAUGGUCCUGAAGGAGAGACUGAAGAACAAGCAACUCUUCGGCGUGAACGAGCAAUAGUCGAUGGUAGAAGGAUAUGGGUUGAUGUGGCGGGAAAGUGGAGUGCUUCACAACUAAAAAUCGACGAAGAGCUCGUCUGUGCAAUGGGCCGCUUACUCCUCAUUGGAUCCCGGCCACGAGACUGGGAUGAUGUGUUAUCUCUUCUGGCACAGACUAUGGAUAUCCCGCGACUUGUUCCCCGCCUUGGCACGCGGAAUGCCGACGGCGAGCUUGAUAAGGCCACUAAACGACUUCUUGAGAGAGAGCCCGAAGCUCUCCGUGAAGUGGAGCUAGAGGCGUAUGAUCCUGAAACUGGGCCGUCCCGAGGAGCCGAAUUUCUCCCCCUAAACCAGAAGACCGUGGGUGGUGGAAAAGCAUGGCCUCUUCUCUAUGUAACACCUGGCAACAAUACCCUAUCCGUCAUCCAAGAAGCGUGCUUAAAGAUCAUUGCCAACCAGGAAUCAACAACUUACUGGAACCUCCUUACCGACAGCUAUGGCAUCAAGCCAGACCUGAAUAACCUGAACAUGCGCCUGCGCAUCAUUCGCCAAAACCGCGCCUCAAGGGAGGCCGUUGAGCUGAUUGAGAAUGAUCUAGUGGGUUCUGACAAGAGGCCUACGCGCGGGACAUUCCGGAUUGCUAUGAGCGUCUGCAAACGCGACAAGAACAAUCCUAGUGUACUCGACCAUGCGGGUCGAAUUCUAGAUGUCAUGACAUCUACACUCGCCGAUGCGGAUGCUAAGACAUCAAGCGCGUAUGCAGAUCUAGUCUUUCUUGUUGCGCCAAACAGUGAGGCCAUUAAGAUCGCGCUGCUCAAGCUAGAACCUGUCCUCGCAAGCAUCAAGAUUCAAUUGGGCGUGGGGAAGGACUCUGGGGCAGAAAUAUCGCACUCCGGACCAAUGCCACUCACGGCUGAAGAAAGGACGGAUGCAAUGGAGACUAUAAGAAGUAUCUAUCGGCUUUACGAACGUAUAGUACUCAGGGAGGAGAUGGCGGAUGAUGAAAGGAGACCAUACAUAGAGGGGAGAAGUCGAUUAAGUGCUUUGCUUAAUCGACUUGACUAUGUGCUUAGACGAAAGGCAGCGGCGCUGAGGGAGACCACACGCAACCAGAAACAAAAUUAUGCGGAAAUGCCGCCAGAAGAAGACGAGGAUGAUGAGGGCGGGAUUCGACAGAGUCGGAAGAAAAUCCGUGCAAGAGAUCGCAAGGAUGAUGUGGAGGUAUUCGAAGCUUGGGAGGAUCGCUACACGGAGAUACGAGGCCGCGCAAGCAAACGGGCUACCGAGCCACAGAAAGAAGUCACAGAACGGAGGUCUCGACGGGAUGGUGGUGAUCAGUGGAAUGGCUUUGAUCAUCGAGGUAAAGGCCGCGAGUAUCGCGAAGGUGGAACCCAUUUUGGAGUGGCACUGUAA